AUGCGGUGGCAAGGCGCCGCCGCGGCCGUCUGGGCGGUCGGCGCAAUGGGACUCUCGUUCCGGGACCUCGACGUCGCCGUCCUCGACGGGCCGGACCUCAUCCGCCUGCCGCGCCUCCUGCGGCGCCUCCGCGACGAGGUGCGCGCCCGCGACCCCGACGCGGCCUACGCGCGCGGCUGUCUGCGCGGCGCCUGCGCGGGCGGCCGCGGCGUCGCGUACGUGCGCCACGCCGACGACAGGGCGCCGGGGCCCGGCGCGUACUCGCUCCACGUGGGCGCCUUCGGCCCGCGGGGCGAGCUCGAGGGCCCCGGCGUCCUGUGCGCGGGCGGCGGCGGCGACGAGGCCGGCGGCGCGGCGUGCGCGGGCGGCGUGUACGCGGGCCGCUUCCGCAACGACUCGCUCGCGCGGGGGACGCUCGCGGACCCCGCGGCGGCCGAGGAGUACGCCGGGGACUUCGGCGCCGACCUGCGGUACGACGGCCUCGGCGUGCGGACCGUGGCCGCGAUGACGCGCGCCGGCGAGUUCAAGCGCGGCGCGUGGAAACGCGCGCAGCGCACGGGCUCCGCCGAGGCCGCCCGGCGCGCGGCGCGCGGCGCGGCCCAGGCGGCCAAGGCCGCGGCGGCGCUGCUCCACGACCAGGCCGUGUGGACGAAGCGCCGCUCGCGCUGCAUGCUCUGCGCGCCGCCCGACGGAGACUUACGGGCGCCCGCCCCGAGCGGACGAACUACCGGCGCCGGUCUGUGGUAUCUAUGGCCUUGGACCUCGCCGCUCUGGCUUUGCCUGGCCGCUUUCGCCUUGCUCGCCGCGUGGGCGUACCGCUUGCGACGGCUCGCGGCGCCGGGCCGGCGGGUACGCCGGCCGCCGCCCGCAGCGCGCGCGCCCCGCGGUGGUUAA